UGGUAGCAUCACAAAGCUACGACGCGUGCUCGGAUUAAUUUAAGUAGUUUUAAGCCGUGUACCUACCUUUUCGUGAUGGAGCAAAUUUUAAACAAAUUUUUAAAUAAAAAAAUUAUAUUAAUUUUAUUAUUUUAUAUAAAUAUUACUACAUGUGUGAAAUAUUAUACUACAAAACCGGACUAUUUGAAAAGUUGUACAAUAUAUAAACCAGAGUUUACAAAAUGUUCGACUGAAAGUAUACAAGGUGUAAUGAGUUAUAUAUUUACAAAUAGCUUACCGGAAUUAAAGGAAGAAUUUGGUUCACUUGAUCCAAUGAAACUUGAUCAACUUUUAUUUAAGCAGGACAACAAUGAAGCCGUUACCAUUAGAGCUAAUUUGACUAAUUUGCUCGUAAGAGGUCUUAAGGAACUUAAAAUCAAAGAAAGUCGAGUAAGUAAAAAAGACUUCAGUUGGGAAACGAAAAUAUUUAUACCACAUUUUCGCAUUGACGGAAAUUAUAAGAUGGAAGGAAGAAUUCUGUUAAUACCUUUGAGUGGGAAUGGAAAAAUGUUUAUUGAACUUGAAAAUUUGGAUAUAAUAAUGCAUACAAAGACGCGUUUAUUUGAAAGAGGCAACUUUACAUUCUACAAUGUUACAAAUAUACGCGUGGAUCUUAAUCUGGGUGGCUUGAAAACCUAUUUCGAUAAUUUAUUCAAUGGCAGAAGUUUAGAAGUAGAGCGAAGCACAAAUCAAUUUUUCAAUGAAAAUUGGCCUGAAUUCUUUGAGGCUUUAAGGCCUCUGAUUUCAGAGACAGUUGAACGUGUACUAUUUGAUAUUUUACACAAAGUAUUUGACAUUAUACCGGCAAACUUUUUCGUUGAAGAUAUUCCUACAUCAAAGGAAUUAUAUAAAAAGAAAAGCUAAUUAAA